AUGGAUCAAUCUAAUGCAAGUGCUGUCAAAUAUUUUAUAAUUGCUGGUAUGUCAGACCUUCCUGUCCUCCGUUUAUUAAUCUUUCUUCUGGUCUUGAUAAUUUACCUCAUCACUGUAAGUGGUAAUCUGACCAUUCUUGUACUUGUCUGUCUGGAUCAUCAUCUCCAUACUCCGAUGUACUUCUUCUUGGCCAAUCUGUCCAUCUUGGACAUUUCCUGCUCUACAAUCACUUUACAUAAAAUCCUUGUAUCUUUCAUUUCAGGGAAUAACAUUGUUUCAGUUGUUGGCUGUUUAAUACAAAUAUAUAUGUUUUUCUCCAUGACUUGUAAUGAAUUAAUGAUUUUGUCAGCAAUGGGUUACGAUCGGUAUGUGGCAAUAUGUAACCCGUUGCAUUAUCACACGGUCAUGAAUCCCAGGGUCUGUGCAUUUUUAGCCACUGUAUGCUGGCUUUUUAGUUUCUCAGAAAAUAUUCCAACUCUUAUACAGUUAUGUCAGUUAACUUGUUAUAAGUCAAAUGUAAUAAAUCACUUUUUCUGUGAUGUUGUCCCCGUGACAAAGCUGUCUUGCAGUGACACAUUCUUUUUAGAACUUUACAUGCUUGUUGUAGGGAGUUUUAUUGCUGGUUUCUUUCCAUUUGUUCUGACAUUUAUCUCCUAUAUUUACAUUAUCAUGGCUAUACGGAAGAUCCGAACCAGCACUGGUCGACAUAAAGCCUUCUACACAUGUUCCUCACAUCUUACAGUGGUUAUCCUCCUCUACAGCACACUAAUCUUCCAGUACCUAAGACCGCAUUCAAUGGUCAGUGUGAACACCAAUAAACUUUUUUCUCUGUUUAACACAGCUGCUAUUCCCAUUCUGAACCCUUUGAUUUACAGCUUAAAGAAUAAAGAUGUAAAAGAUGCUUUGCGGAGGUGUUUAUGUCGUCAACAAACACAGAUCAAGAAGAGAUGA